AUGUUCCAUCCUCUACUUAUACCAGUAGCUCUUACAAUUUUGAUACUCUACUAUUGCCUCAGCACCAUAUACUCACUUUUCCUUCACCCUUUGCGACAUAUCCCGGGACCUAAGCUGUGGCUUAUCUUCCCCGUCAUCCGGUACAUAUCAGCCAUUCGAGGACGGCUAGAUACUGAUAUAUGUCACUUCCAUGCACAAUAUGGCCCGGUGGUACGCCUCACUCAUGACGAAGUCUCCUUUAUCACGGCAGAAGCAUGGAAAGAGAUAUACGGACACGGUCAUCGCCAGUUGCCGAAAGUACUCAACUCAGCUUCCAACCCGAAGGACAUCAUCAGCUCCAACGACGCCGAUCAUAGUCGAUUCCGCAAGGCUCUGUCUCACGCCUUCUCCGCCAAGGGCUUGCAAGCGCAGGAGCCCCUCAUCAAUAGCUAUAUCGACAAGUUGAUUGCUAGACUGCAGGAUAUCGCCGAGUCUCAGCUCCCAGCCGAUAUGACCAAGUGGUACAACCUGGCCACAUUCGACAUCAUCGGGGAUCUCGCCUUCGGAGAACCCUUCGGCGGCCUCGAAAGCUCCAAGUAUCACCACUGGGUCGCGACGGUAUUCGAAUCCGUAAAGCUGAUCCCGUUCACCAUGUUGAAAGACCAAUAUCCCAUGAUCUUCGGGCUCCUUUCUCUUUUCGUGCCUCAGACGCUUCUCGAUGCACGCAAGCGGCAAGACGAGCACACCAGGAUAACGGUGCAGAAACGGCUCCAGCAUUCGUCGGCCGACGACCGCGCAGACUUCAUGGACUCGAUGCUGCGGCACCGUGGCGGCGAGAAGGAGGACGCUGCCUUGAGCGACGAAGAGCUCGUGGCCAAUGCCAGCAUCCUCAUCAUUGCCGGCAGCGAAACCACCGCCACGCUCCUUUCCGGCCUCACAUACUGGCUCUUACGGAGCCCCGACGUCCUCGCAACCGUCACCGCCGAGGUUCGCUCCGUCAUGAAGACAGAGGCCGAGAUCACCUCCGCCGCCGUGGCUGCGAAGCUCCCCUACCUGCUUGCCUGCAUCGAGGAGGCGUUGCGCAUGUAUCCUCCCGUGCCAACCGGACUGCAACGCAUUACCCUCGACCCGAUUUCCAUCUCGGGCUACGACAUUCCACCUGGUACCAAAGUAUCAGUCCACCAUAUGUCCGCUUACAGAUCCCCCAUCAACUUCCACGCACCGGACCGCUUCAUCCCGGAGCGAUGGUUGCCAGACGCGAAGACCAAUCCCAACUCGCCAUUCUAUUCGGAUCGACGUGACGUCCUCCAGCCGUUCUCUGCGGGUCCCCGGAACUGUAUCGGGCGGAAUUUGGCUUUCGCCGAGAUGAGAGUUAUAUUUGCGCGGGUGUUGUGGAGCUUUGACCUGCAGUUAUGCGAGGAGAGUGUGCAUUGGUGCGACCAGAAGACUUAUACACUGUGGGAAAAGCAUCCGUUGAUGUGCAGGUUGUCUUUGAGGAGCUCGGAUGCCCCAUAGAUGAUGCUCUUGGAGGGGCUGUCGUUGGAUUGAAGUAGCUUAUGCAGUGGCUUGAGGAAGUUUAUAGUGGGAUAAUCCGGGACUGAGCACGUAUACCACUAACCGGC